UCAAAACGCGGUACAGCAUUGUCAUGUACUCAUGUCUUAUGUCUUAUGGACGAUGCGGCGAUGCCACAAAAGAACAAGUACGCGUAACUUAUUCUGACAAAACUACUACACAAAACUUGAACUGUGUCAUCCUGAUUUAUCAACACUUACAAAUGGCUGAGGUAAUUUCAAUAUAAUCUCCAACCCCUGAUGCCUGUGUACCUUGUCAAUUCAUUGUCUUAGAAUAGCCAGCCAGCCAGCCCCGUGCAUAUUUUAUUUUGGCGAGUUGGGUUUUCUUGUAUGUACCAAUGAAAUCAGGCAAUCAAGUUGACAAUACUCAUACAAAGAUUUUGCUAACAUCAUUAUCGGCAAUGGUGGCCGAGUCCACAACUUUUCCCAUAGACUUGAUCAAAACCAGGCUCCAACUCCAUGGGGAGUCACUUUCAUCAACUCGUCCAACCGGUGCAUUUCAAAUAGGCCUAGACAUUAUUCGUCAACAAGGUCCUCUUUGCCUUUAUAAGGGCUUGUCUCCAGCAAUUUUAAGACACCUAUUCUACACCCCUAUUCGAAUUGUUGGGUAUGAGCACCUGAGGAGUGUUAUUUCUUCUGAUAAUGGGUCGCCCUCUAUCAUUGGCAAGGCUGUUGUUGGUGGAAUCUCUGGCAGUAUGGCUCAGGUUAUAGCAAGCCCGGCUGAUCUUGUCAAGGUGAGGAUGCAAGCUGAUAGUCAAAUGAUGAGAAAAGGUCUUCAACCUCGGUAUUCAGGGCCAAUUGAUGCUUUUAACAAAAUCAUUAAAGCUGAAGGAUUUCAAGGACUAUGGAAGGGUGUUUUUCCUAAUAUCCAAAGAGCCUUCUUAGUGAACAUGGGGGAAUUAGCCUGUUAUGAUCAUGCUAAACAAUUUGUUAUUAAAAGUAAGAUAGCCGAGGAUAAUGUUUAUGCCCACACAUUAGCUUCCAUCAUGUCAGGUCUUGCGGCAACUUCUUUAAGUUGUCCAGCCGACGUUGUCAAGACUAGAAUGAUGAAUCAGACAGCUAAAAAGGAAGGGAAUGUCUUAUAUAGAAGCUCUUAUGAUUGCUUGGUGAAGACAGUUAAAGUUGAAGGAAUAAGAGCACUCUGGAAAGGAUUCUUCCCCACAUGGGCAAGGCUUGGUCCGUGGCAAUUUGUUUUCUGGGUUUCCUAUGAGAAGUUUAGAAAACUUGCUGGGCUCUCUUCUUUCUAGGACAUUAUUUUGAUUUAUGCUGUUAAACAUUCAUUCAAGAUAAAAUUCACAAUUCACAGCCUCGAGAGUGAGUGCACACACUGAAAUUUCUUUCUGCUGCUUGCGCUAUUAUUUGGAAGCCUGUCUGUGCAGUUACAUUGUCAAGUGAUAUUGUUUUUAUUUAUUUUGGAAUAAAUUUCACUCCUUUUUUCCCUUAAA